GCUACCGCAACCCGGAAGUGCCCCUAGCCGGGCGCCGAGGCCUGAGGUCGGGCCUGCUAUGGCCGCGGAGGGGGAGCUGGGAGAUGACAGCUUGUCUGUGAUAACCUGUGAAUCAGAUGCAGAAAUGAAAUUAAAGAAGAAAAUUUUUCACAAGCCUCCAAAGUCACCAAAGUCUCCGUACAGCUCUAGCACACAACUGUAUCCUAAGAAAGCUGCAGUUUGGAGAUCUCUGCAGGGAACAGGCAACGCACAUUUUGAGAGUGCAGCUAUGAAAAACCCAAAGCAGAUGUGGCUGGGAUCACUGAAACAAGGAAUGAGCCAUUCCCUGAGAUCAGAUGUUGACACAGGACAUAUGCGAGCUGGCAUUUCUAGUAGCACUCCAGAGUACCUGAAGGAAGCUCUAGGAAUGAAGAAGCCCAAACAUUCCCGUUCUUCUAGUAAUGGCUACAUUCCUGGAACUCCUGACUACAAGGAAAAAGAAGAGAUGUAUGAUGAAAUCAUAGAACUGAAAAAGACAAUACAAGCUCAGAAAAACGAAGGAAAUCGUAUGAAAACUAAGCUGCGUCGACUAGAAGAAGAGAAUAACAGAAAGGAUAAACAGAUUGAACAACUGUUGGAUCCUUCCAGGGUGACUGUUUCUUUAGGGCAAGGGGGCUCUGAGCUGGCACGAUCUUUGUCAGCAAAGAAGUCUGAUAACGGAUGGGUGGUUAAUGGAUUAAAACAGAAGAUUUUCAAGCUAGAACAACAGUGCAAGGAGAAAGACAACACUAUCAACAAAUUCCAGUCAGACAUGAACACCACUGAUUUGGAAGAAAUGAGGAUAGCUGUGGAGACCUACUGUGAGGAGGUUCAUCGUCUCCAAAUCCUCCUGGCAAAAUCUGAGACUAUGAAGAAAAAUGCAGAGGGCAGAGAUACCCAAAAACGACUGAAGGCACUGAAUGCUGCUGUCCUGAGGUUGUCCCGGAAUAUCAAGGAAUUGCAGAAUGAGAAUCGGUGUCUGAAAGAAGAUCUGGAUCACAUUUUGAGCUGUUCUGCAUCCAGGAAAACAAAAAAUUACAGCGACUGGAGCAGGCAGAGCCUUAUGAGGCGGAUUUUGGAGCUAGAAAAGAAAGUAGGUGACAUGGAGAACACCAGAGUAUUGUCAGCUGAUAGUGAGGCAACACAGUUACUUGGUGUGUCAUCUUCACCUUCUACAGACCCAAAUCAUGCAGCCUCUCAACAGGUAGAUCAUGCUGAGGAAUGCCAUCGACUCCGAGAGCUAGUAAAGAAACUGAAGAGUGAUAGGAGUGCUCUUCAAAGUCUCCUACUUAGUAAAGACUUAGACAUCAAGCAGUUGCUUCAGGCCAAGGCUGAAGCAGAGCUGGAGCUGCAGAAGUACCAGAAUAACAAGGAAGAAAGCACGAAGGAAGAGCUGACUUUAAGCGAGGAAAUGCAGAACCUUACACGGAAAGAAGGGAAAUCACAGUCAAAACUGGAGGAAGAGGAGAGACAAACGACAGAAGAUGCAUUAGAGAAUCUUAAUGAGCAUUCACCAAACUGCACAGUUAAAGAUGAAGAAGACUGCAAGAAGGAACAAGCAGCCAAAUGUAUCCAGAGAUGGUGGAGGUCGUACCGAAGUAAGCAAGCUUUCAAACAAGAGCGAAGUUUGUUAGGCAGUGAAAAUGAUGAAAUGAGAAAAUAUAAGAAGGAAGAAAUUGCUCUGGGUGAGGCAGUUGUUGUGCUUCAGGCAGCUUUCAGAGGACAUCUGGCUCGACAGAAGCUGCUACUGAGUAGUGGGCUGCAUGAUGCCCAACCUUACAACAGGCAAAGCCCAGGAAGAAAGAACUCCUGUAUGCCUCAUGUGUCAAACUCCUUGAGCUCAUCUUCUCUCAGCAAGGAGAAAGAGAAGAUUGUGACAUUCAUCCAGUCCGUUUUCAGGGCUCACUUAACACGUACAGUACUGCUUGAGAAAAGGCCCUCUGCGUCUAGCACAAGUGAGAAAAUGGAUUCUGCUCUCUGCAGGACAGAGAACAAACCAGUCUCAGCAGCACUCCAGACCAGCCUGUCAGCCAGCAUGUCUUCUCUUCCUGUUGUUUCGGCCGGCGCUUGUGAGAAGCAGCCGCAGCCCACCCUGUCUCUGCCUGUGGAUGAAGCUCACUCAGACGAUUCAGAUGAUAUUGUAAUUGUCUCUCCAUCACUGAGGAUGAAGAAAACCUCCACCCACUUCUUUAAUGGGCUCUAAUCUUGAAUUAUUCGGUUCGCAGACAAAGGUAUUUCCACUGAGGUAAAGCGUAUCGAAGAUGAACAAAGGGGGGAUGUCAGCCUGCAGUUGUCUGCUUUUUUUCAGCUGUGGUUGAAUACUUGUUUGAUAAGUCAUCUCUGCAGAUAUAUGGCUACAAGCUGCUGACUGUCUGCUAGCCUUAGCCCUGUAGUACAAAGAGAGAGUUUGGGUUGUAAAAAUGCUGCACCAAAACAGUUGAAUUUGUGAGACAGAAGUUGAAAUUGACGAAUUUAAAUGAAAGCAGCAAAGGCUUGAGAUAUUUCAUAGAAUCAUGGAUUUGUUUGAGUUGGAAGGGAGCUUUAAAGGCCUCCAGUCCAACUGCCCUGCAAAGAACAGGGACAUCUACAGCUCUACCAGGUGCUCAGAGCAUUUUGUGUCAGAGGAAGUCUUUCAAGUUGACUAAGAUGCCUUUUUAAAUUGGGAAGUGAAAAAUGACUUAGCCCCAUUUUUCAGCCUGUGUAUGCAAAGGGGAGCAGCUUGUAUUUGCUAUGAGGUCCUCUCUGUUUAAAAAUGUUAUUGUUGCAUUUUAAUUUGUAUUUUUAUACACUGAACAUUUACAGUCUCUGCAGAUGUGUAAAGUCUGUUUAGAACAUCACUUCUGUCAUAGCACUGCUCUAGGUCUACUGCGUCUGCACAGUUUUCUUAUUUAUUGCUCUUUCCCAGUGUUUGCUAUCGUAUAUAUUGUACUACUUUGUACGUGAUCACGUAAAUGCUUCCAUUUGCAUUUGUCAGAGAAGGGGUGUAAUAGCAGGAAUGUCCUUGUGACUAGUUUUUCUGCUUACAUAUCACAAAUGCAAGGGGAGAUGACACUGCAAACGUUUGACGUAAAAGAUACGAUGCUGUAUGUCCUGUUCCAGCUUAUAUCACUGGAUUGCCUGAAACUCCCACCUAGCUAAGUCGCUCAUACACUGAGCUCUAAGGGGUUUUAAGUUUCAUGUUUCUUUGCUUAGAUCUCUCCUCUCAGCACUACCUUUGUGUGUGUGCACAUUAGCAGUGUAUAUUGCAAAUGCACCCUCAGUCCAAUCACGGGCAGGGAGAAGGGUCACAGCCAUCUUCUGUGGUUAGCUAUGAGGCUUAUGCUGGAAAGCAUGGCACUGUGCACUCUGUGCUGAGGGAUUUGCAUGGGGAAGGAUAAAACAUCUUGUAGCCUGAACAGAAGCAGGAUAAGCAGUUGACUUAUAGAUAUCAAGAUACCCAGAAAUAAUAACAGCAAUAUCUUUACCAGACUUCAUGAAGGGACUAGUGACAUAAUGGGCUGUGGAGAACAUGGUCAGAGGAGUCUUUCUAGAUCUCUUACACAAACUGUACCUCUUCUUAACUGAAAGGAGGACGUUGUGUUCUAGGCUGUCAUUGCAACACCUUCCAAAGGCAUUAAAAUGCAUUUUGUUUUGUUUUGUAAAAGGUGAAUCAAGUAAAUUAUGGGAUAUUUAGUGAAAGGAGAAUUUAUUUUACAAACACACAGUAAAGUCUUUGUGAAGACCCUGGUGGUUUCUUUGUCAUCAAGGAGUAAUAAAAUCUCCUGUAAACAGAAAGCACACUCUUAAAUAGAAGAUUUUUAUCACCUUUUCCCUCUUCUUUUUUAAAUUAAAAAUCAGUCGCUGCUGUUUUGCAGAAUACUAAUAACUCAGAGCUGUCUCGGUUCUCUGAUUUCAAUGAACCACUAUCUGUGCUUAUCAUAGUUCAUGCCAGUACUUGCAGCCAAAGAGGAAACUGGAUGGCUGCAGCACAAUGCAGCUGAUUUCAUUUAAUCCCAGCAGUAGAAAUGCCGCCUUUGCUUUUUCCAAAGGCAGUUUUGAGAGCUCUCCAUACCCAAAGCAGACUAAAGAAUGUCAUUUAUACUCAAGUUGGGUGAAUUUUUCCUGCUGGUACUUCGGUCACAUGGCUGCAAUCUGCAGAAAGGAUGAAAAAAAGGCAUAUAAAAUAAAAGAAUAAAGGGGAUAAAGUCCUCUUGGCAGAAGCCUAUACCUAUCUCCCUCUAUUGCUGAAAGUCACGUUAUUUAUUAAAAAAAAAAAAGUUAUUUUGCCACUUUGCUAAACAGAAGCAGAUCUGUAUUGAGUUUCUUACGUAUAAUGUUUCAAGUCUGUAACUGUGCCUGCCAUGGAUACCUCCAGAGAGAGAGAAACUGGAGCUGAGGGCUGACAAAUUAAGGAGAGAAUACAUAGUGUGUGUCAGGACCGAGUCUGCUAUAAAGUACCCACCUAACUGUUACCCUACAGGGAAAUGCUUGGACUGCAAAUUUAAUGAAGUUGACAUUCAAUUUAUUGUGCCAUAAUGAAGAACCAAUAUGAAAGUCAGGAAAUAGAUACAGAGUAGAAAAGCUUCUGUCUUAACUGAGCGUGCGGCCAGCAGCAGUGCUGUUGAUAGCUGAAUGCCUGGACAAAGGGGAGACAGUCACUUUGUGUGACCAAAGUCACCAAAGGAAGUGUGAGAAAGAGCAAAUGUCUUCUGGGGUGAAUGAGCUUCAUGAAUUCAAGUCUGCAGUCUGAUAGCCAUACAAAUCUGGUGCUUCCUUUGAGCACGCUUCAAACUCAUAAUUCUGAAAGAUAACAACACGGUCACAGCGUGUGAAUGUUUGGUGUAUGCUAGAAAGAGAAACCUCCACCAUGUGAGUAACCUGUAGGUCUGGGAAGAGCCAUGGAGCAGUAAAGGAAGAAAAUGUAUUUUUCAGAGGAAAUGGAGCAUUUUUCCUUUCCUCAGCUCAACAGGGAGCUAAGGACAGUGAACAUCUGUGUGGCUCAAACCUGUUAAGACAGGGCCAACACAGACAUUUAGUGUCUGAAAAACAUUAUCUGCAGGGGCAUCAAGGUCCUGAAAUCAAGUUAAACUCCACUGUAACCUCCCAGUAGCACACUUUCCAUUCUGAUGAUAUGCAAGUUCUGCAUGGGAUGAUGUUGCCUACGUAAAACCCUUCACAGUUUGCUGUACUCUUUGCAGGUAGUGAUCAUGUGUGAAUAUAGGGAUCUUUCACACGAUUUGAUCUCUUUCUGUCCUUAAGUGCCUAUGCCUGUAAAUAUUUUACUGAGGCAUCAGAACCUGAAGGAUGUAAUAUUUCCUUCAUAGCUAUGCAAAUAAUCCCUAGACAGGCAGCUUUUUGUAUAGAUGAAAUGGAAAGUUUAUUCAUCUUGGCAUAUCAGAAAGCCAUCAUUUGUGUGAUUGUUCUAAUAAUUGGAACUGUGCAAGUUACCUUGAGAUCUUUUUAAAAGCUAAAACAGUUGCAGUGUAUUUUCUCCUGGCUGUUGAACUUUCCAAUAAAGCCCAAGUUUGUAAAUUAA